AACACUGCAUGAUCCGUGGACAAGGCGUGGCGACCGUCGACGAGCGUCGUCUAUUUCACAUGCAUCACGGUCCGCACUUUGUAGUAUUGUAGUAAACAAUUGAAUUUCGAACUGUUUUAACAGGUGUUUGUACCCCGUGGAGGCGACCAGGGUCCCGACGCACAACGUCAGGAUGGAGAUGAAGGAUUAUCAUCGAGCCUCGAACGCUCUCGUGUUCGGUGGCCUCGUAACUUACGUCGCUGGACUGAUGCUCCUCAUGGCUUUUACUAGUCCAUACUGGCUCGAGUCGUACGAGGAGACUUUCAGCGAAUUCAAAAAUAUGGGACUCUGGACUUACUGCUUCAGCGACUAUCGCCACCCUGCCUACCAGUUUCCUGAACUGUUCAACGGGUGUCACCAUGUCUUUUCUCAUUACUACUACGUCAUUAGAGAGUGGCUUUUGCCCCCGUGGCUCAUGGCGGUUCAGGGAUUCGUCACGAUUGGGUUACUUUACUCUUUCUCUAGCCAGGCAAUAAUCGCUCUAGUACUCAUCAGGUGGCCGCUGCAGUUCGUUCUCAGAUACGAAUGGAUACUUAGCUCCAUCGCUUGUGUGUUCAACGCAAUAACUGCUGUGUCGUUGUUCAUGGCCGUUUCCGUAUUUGGGGGACAGUGCUGGCGCAGAGACUGGCUCAUGUAUCCGAACUUCAAUCAUCUCUCCUGGUCCUACGCUUUUGCUGUUAUAUCUUUCAUGUUCCAUGCUUUUGCCGCCUUCUUUCUAUACCUCGAUGCUCGCAUGGGUUACAAAAUGCGUGUUCAGUCACGCAAUUUAGUCAUGCAAAUGCAUCCCACUCCUCAGAGCCAUCACGGCAUGCAUCGCACUGGUUAUAUAUAAAUUGAUCAUAUAAUCAUCCAAUAAUUUCCAAGGAAAGUUGACUCCGUCCAUUUUUACACUUUAUAAAUAUAUAUACAUAUAUAUAACUAUAAAUUUUUUUAUCGAUAGUAAUGAUACGUUAUUUCUUAAGUAAUAUUUUCACGCACGAUUUUAAAGUAUUUUAUACACAUUUACAUAUGAUGCAGUAUAAUCAACGGCCGUUGAUUCUCCGACAAUUGUGUAUUAAUCGUAAACAAAUUUUUAUGUUUUUUCUGAAUCAAGAAUCUCUUGUAUUAACAUACUAGAGAGUCGAGACUAUGGUGAGUGAGCGAAAAAUAAUAUAUACCUGUUUUAAACACUGGCAGCGUAGACUAGUGAAUAACUAUAUUGACAAAAUUUUUAUAAAUUAUUCAUUCUUUUUAUUAUAUUUCCUUUAUGCGGAAUCUCUAUGGUUGAAAAAGAAAUAUACAUACAUAGAAAAAUAAACUAAAUUAAUUUUUCAAACUAAUAUACAUGUGUAUGAUACGUAUGCAAACAUAUUAUGUUAAAUAUAUUUUCGAAACAAGAUUAUUAAUUUUUUAUGGGGAAAUACUAUUCCGUCAUCAGACUUGAGAUGUAACUUAGCUACCCUACUUACAAAUGUACAAUGAGUAUUAAUACAAAAAUACAUAUUGCUGGUGAGUA